GUGCGGGACAGAACAACCACGCACCCUGCGAGAUCCGCGCGCGGCGCAGCAAAGCCGGGUCUCGCGCCCGCGCGUCCGCAGACUCGCACGUGCGAGAAGGUUCCCUUCUCCCGCACGCGACUGCGCCCAGGGACACAAACCCACCACCCAGACGGGCCCACAGAGCUUCACGCAGACCGCAGGUGAGCAGCUUUGAGCAGAUUUGUGCGGACAGAGGAGCGCGCGACGCUCUCUCUCACCCCGCGGGCCUCCUCGCCUCCCCGGCCCGCCCCUCCUCCACCUCCCCAGCCCCCAAGCCCCCGGGCAGCCGCGCGCCGGGUGGGGCGGGGACGGGGCGGGGUGUCGGGUGGCGCCGGCCCAAAAGGCGGAGUCGCUGGGCGAAGGGGCCAGAGCUGUGCGCGCAGCGCUGACUGAGCCGUGGAGAAAGCCAGCGGGAACCCAGACCCCCAGGAGUCCCUCAUCCCCGCCCGGCCUGGCCAGGCCCCACGCUAUGGAGUUCCUCUGGGCCCCUCUCUUGGGUCUCUGCUGCAGUCUGGCCGCUGCUGAUCGCCACACCGUCUUCUGGAACAGUUCAAAUCCCAAGUUCUGGAAAGAGGACUACACGGUACAUGUGAGGCUGAAUGACUACCUGGACAUCAUCUGUCCGCAUUAUGAGGAUGACUCUGUGGCAGAGGCUGCCAUGGAGCGGUACACACUGUACCUGGUGGAGCGUGAGGAGUACCAGCUAUGCCAGCCCCAAUCCAAGGACCAGGUCCGCUGGCAGUGCAACCAGCCCAAUGCCAAACAUGGCCCAGAGAAGCUGUCUGAGAAGUUCCAGCGCUUCACACCUUUCACCCUAGGCAAGGAGUUCAAAGAAGGCCACAGCUACUACUACAUCUCCAAACCCAUCCAUCACCAAGAAGACCAGUGUUUGAGGUUGAAGGUGACUGUCAAUGGCAAAAUCAGUGAGUGUCAGGGCCCUGUGGGCCUCCCUCCUGCAUCUCUAUGCUGGGCCUGGUCUAGUGAUCUGGGAUGGUAUGGAAGUCCCACAGCCCAGCCCACUCAGCACUUGCACCCCUCUGCCUCCCUGGCACAAUGCCUGACCUACUGUUACUCUUGUGUUUCAGCUCACAGUCCUCAGCCCCAUGCCAAUUCGCAGGAGAAGAGACUUGCAGCAGAUGACCCGGAGGUGCAGGUUCUACAUAGCAUCGGUUAUAGUGCCGCCCCCCGCCUCUUCCCAUUUGCCUGGGCUGUGCUGCUCCUGCCACUUCUGUUGCUGCAAACCCCAUGAAAGUGUAUACCACACCUGGCCUUAAGGAUUGGAACUGGGCUGAGGGGACAGGAGCAGGCACCACACACGUGUCCUGGAGCCACUCCCAAAGCCCCAGCCCUGGGAACCACUCCCACCACAUGCACAAGCUGUCACCCAGCAGCCUCAAAACGGGUCAGUAUUAAGGAUUUGAACCCAAAGGAGGUCAACCAGCCUGGCAGUGCCAUCUCCACCUCCAUCUCAAAGGGAUGGAGAAAAAAAGUGGGGACAGUCUUUUCCCCACAAUUCCUGCCUUUAAGACAAAGAAACAAGCUGUGCAGACAUGGUCCCUUAAAAAAGGCACAGUGGGAGCCAAGCUGGAAGAGGCCUGGGGCCACAUGGAUGGACAGAGCUUGGAAAAGAUGCCCCUCCGAGAGCGAGCCAGGAUGUUCAGAUGAACUGAGUGAAGGAAAAGCAAGAAAAGUUUCCUGCUCCGAGCCAGGUACAGGAGAGGUAGCAUGCUUGGGCUGACCCAGCAUCUCCUGGCAAGACUUCCAUCUGUGGAGCUGCUGUAGAGAGGUUUGUACCCAGGCACUGCAUUCUCCCCCAUCCUGGGGCAGUGCUCCCCAGAGCUAUGCCAGCAGGGGGGCUGUGCCAACCUGUUCUUAGAGUGUAGCUGUAAGGGCAGUGCCCAUGUGUACAGUCUGCCUAGAGUGUAGCCUAAAGGGCAGGGCCCGUAUGUACAGUGUCUGUAUAUAAACUUGCUGUGUGUCUGUGCUGAUUUCUACAACUGGAGUUUUUUUUAUACAAUGUUCUUUGUCUCAAAAUAAAGUGUUUGUUUUUUUGGA